UACAGGAUAUCUUUCCUCAUGGUAGUUAGACUUGAAUCCACCUUAGCCAUUACCGUACUCUAAAAUGUUGAAGGAGUCGUAUUAUACUUUACACCCAUGCUACCUCAGGAGCAACGCGAUAGACGCUGUAAACCGUCAAGCUUGCUUGCCGCUUGCCGCCUGAUGUGCGAGACCAGCGAAACCAGCUGGAGCAUUGGACAUUCUGCUUAUUCAGCAAAGGGUUUAUCAUUUCGGAAAUACAUUAAUGUAUACUAGUCAUUAUAAGAUGUAUUGGGAGGGAGAAGGAAAGUUAUAGAGCCCUCGUCGCGUUGCCAUUUAUCGCGCAAGGCGCGCCAUAGCAUUCAAUCCCAACCGGUGAUAGCUAAUUUGAUUGAACACGUAUUUAUAGACGGGAAUUUAUGCCAUCAAGAAGCAUAUGGCCGCCUCGGUGAGGGCAUCGACCCUGCUUGGCUGUCUACCAUUCGUCGUUGACACAUGGACCGAGCGGAGCAACGCAAGCGGCAAACCGCAUUUUCUAACGCAUUGCCACAAGGACCACACGGAGGGAAUCGAGAACUGCUCCGUCGAUGUCUACUGCACCCCCCUCACUCGCCGCCUGCUGCUGCUUCGUCAGCCUGAAGCCGCCCGCAGCAACCGCUUCCACCUGUUGCAAGCCAACACCAGUAUUGAAGUGACCCAUGGGUCAGUCACCUUCACCGUCACGGCCCUGGACGCCAACCACUGCCCUGGUUCCGUGAUGUUCCUCUUCCAGGGCUGCUUCGGCAACAUCCUGCACACCGGGGACUGCCGGUGAUGGGGAGGGAGGGAUUUCACCCAAUGUCCUACCCAUGAAUCUUUGACUUUCCUUGACCUAGCGAUGACCCAUACCCCCACCCGACCACAUGACAGGCAGGCUCCAC